GAUAAUCAAUCUCGUCCACUUUCUCUCACAGUAUAGGAUAUCUGGAAGACGCUCACAAGUACCUUAUCCACUGUUCAGCAUGGACCCACGCUCCUCCAUUCCACAAGUCCCCCUCCAUCUCACUUCCAUCUGCAUCCUCUCCCCGUCCAACACACCUCUCUACGUCCGUUCGUUCACCAGCGAGCAAGACGAGUUACGACAUUACCAUCUCAACCAUGCAGCUGUAGAUGUGCUUGAAGAGAGACUUGUCAUGACUUCAACGCCUACACGACCUGCCGAUUCGUACUUGGGGCUCUUAUAUUCCCUUGAAGAUAUGGCAUUCUAUGGAUUCCAAACGACAACGAAGCUCCGAAUCGUCCUCUCAGUAUCAAUGGUGGACGCUAUGAUUAAAGACGCUGACAUUGUCGCCAUCUUCCGAGCGGUCCAUAAUCUCGUGCUUAUAGCGUGCAAUAACCCCUUUCUUUCAUUACCGCCUUCCUUCCAUGCCAUCUCCGCCAACAAACAUGCAGAUGGGCAAGCGGAAAACCUCACUAAUCCGUCUUUGCCCACUUCCAAAAUGUUUGCAACAAAUCCCGAAGAAAUCAAGCCAAUAUGGCUGAAACAAAGUCGAAGAUUUACAGAAGGGAUCAAGGCUAUUGGGGAAAUGUUGAGCGGUGGAAGAUAGACAUAUGUAUUUGCCGAUAUCCUUGUUGUAUACCAUGCAUGACAUACCUCCAUUCGCAAGGCCAUUGAUAUCCAUUGCGUGACACUUUUUAUCACCGCAUCUUGGUCAGGACGCCCCCAGCAGCCGUAGUCACAUCGAGUGACAACCCUCACUGGCUGCUGGUCCGUACGAUGGGCACUUGUAACCGUCUUCAAUUGACUGGUUGCUGGGUGCUCAAAAAUCGUUCACCUCUGACCUAUAUCCAUAUAGCCCUAUGUUGACACUGCGUUCCAAAGAUCUGUAGUCGCUGUGACAGAUACGGGGCUGAAAUAUUUUGUCCGGUAUUAUAACGCCAAUAUGCAUUCGAUAUUAC